AUGGCCCUGGAGAAGUUACCGGCUAGCAUCUGCCACAGGCACAUCACCGUGAUCACUAGGAACCAGUCAGCGCUGGCGGCAGUUGGACAGCCGCGGCAGCAAUCCGGCCAAAGCAUCAUACGGCAAAUCUACGACUUGGCCAGGCUGCACCGACAAAGAGGGAACUCGGUCAACUUUCUGUGGAUACCAGCGGAGAUUGACUUCGCACUGGGGUCAGAUGCCAAGGCAGCAGCCCAGAGAGCGUCGAAGCAAGGACGCACACCCGACUCCCAAAUACCCCAGGCCAAGUCUACCGCGAUGAGGCUGGCAAUGGAAAGACAACGGGCGACAAGAGUUCUACCUGUAAGCGUGGGCAAGUUCUCAAAGGUCAUGGACGCAGCACUACCAGGCAAGCACACGCGCCAUCUCUAUGACAAGCUGAAGCGAAGGGAGGCCUGCUGGCAAGACGAGGAAGCCUCUCGUUCUAUCUGGGAGGGAAAGCGCCAUCGGAUACAAGGCAUUGGUCACCAGAUUAUGAAGGCAGUCCGGGCGACGAUCAAAUACGCAAUGGCAACAGGAAGGCUGGAGCUGAAUGAGGAGGAGAGUCUAGACCAGUCACAGUAG